GCCUACGACAGAGUGCCGCGCGCAUCCCGGGGGCAACCCGCGCGCACGCCGGGCGCCGGGUCUUCCACGGCCCGCGCGGAGGCGGUCUGCGGGCCUCGCAGGCGCUGGGGUCACGGGGUCUGCGGGCGGGGAGCCGGGAUGCCGGAGGGGCCGUCUGUGAGGAAGUUUCACCAUCUGGUCUCCCCCUUCGUGGGGCAGCAGGUGGUCAAGACAGGGGGCAGCAGUAAGAAGCUGAACCCUGCCGGCUUCCAAUCCCUGUGGCUGCAGGACACCCAGGUCCAUGGAAAGAAAUUAUUCCUUAGAUUUGAUCCAGAUGAAGAAAUCGUGUGCCCUGGCAACAACCCACUGUCAGCGCCUCUACACAGAGAGUGGAAGGAAGAGGCCGGGCACCACCAGGAAGUCUCUGACCAGUCCUCCGGGUCCCCAGGAGGAGACGAUGCUGUCCCCAGUGGAGAUGAUGGCCUGCAGUGUUUGUGGGGAGACAGCCCUGCAGGAGGUGCCGAGAGGUGGCUGCAGGUCAGCUUUGGUUUGUUUGGCAGCAUUUGGGUGAACGAGUUCUCCAGAGCGAAGAAGGCAAACAAGAGGGGUGACUGGAGAGACCCCUCUCCAAGGCUGGUCCUGCACUUCGGCGGGGGCGGCUUCUUGGCCUUCUAUAACUGUCAGAUGGUGUGGAGCUCCUCUUUCCCGGUGGUCAGACCCACCUCUGACAUCUUGUCAGAAAAGUUCCAUCGAGGACAGGCCCUGGAAGCUCUGGGCCGGGAGCAGCCCGUCUGCUAUACGCUGUUGGACCAGAGAUACUUCUCAGGCUUAGGGAACAUCAUUAAGAACGAGGCCCUGUUCAGAGCUGGGAUCCACCCGCUUUCUCCCGGCUCACUCCUGGGUCUUCCUCGCCUCGAGGCCCUGGUGGACCAUGUGGUGGCCUUCAGUGCAGGCUGGCUGCGGGACAAGUUCCAGGGCAGACAGCAGCACACGCAGAUCUACCAGAAGGAGCGGUGCCCUGCUGGGCACCAGGUCGUGAAGGAGGCACUGGGGCCUCCGGGGGGCUUGCAGAGGCUCACGUGGUGGUGCCCCCAGUGCCAGCCCAGGUUGUCACCGGAUGAGCCAGAGCAGGUGGAGCCCUCCUAGGGCGCUUGGGCCCCUUCUACACAGAGCCUUGCCCUUGAGGGACCGUGAUGCCUGAGUGUCGCCAAAGGGGUUGUGGGCAGGGUUUGGGACUGGGGACAGGAAUUGGGGGGGUGGGGUCGGGAUGCCGGUACUGUUGGUGUUCACCUCACCGGCGUUCAGGCUGAGGCAGUUUCCACAGGGUCCGAUUUUGUUCUUUUCUAGUUUUGGUUAAUUGUUCCUAUCUAAUUCCACCACUGUUGACAGAUGAGGCAAAUCGUGAUGACAGUUAAGGGGAAACCUCCCGGAAUGACAGUGGGGCAACGAAAACGAGAGCCAGUGGAAGAGAGCUGUGCCAGCAUUGCUUUGCAGGUGUUUGGUUUGGUUUGGUUUUGGUUUUGAAACAUUGGCUGGUGUUAAGACCCUCCAUAUGAGAACCAGGAAAAGGGAAUUAUCCUUCUUGGUUCCCCAAGAGGGAUCCAGGGAUGAGGAGGGAGUAACAGGAGAGCAGUGCUCGGAUUCAGCCUCCUGCCUGGACCCUUCCCACGGGACGGAGACGCCAGGAGAAGGAGGGGAAACGGGGGGACCAGGGAGCUGGCCACCUUCCCGUUGUGUCCAUGGGCUUUAGAAAAAAGCGACUUGUUUCCUCCCCAAGGUGACGUGUUUGUGACUGUUGACGUGCUCAAUAGUGCAGGAAUCCAGGUUGUUAGCAAAACCUAGAAGAAACCAGGACAUGAAAAUAAAGCUCUUUGUUACUUUA